AUGCCGACCGCAUCGAAAUCACCUCGAGACUCUUCCGCCAGAAGACAAAGGAAGCGACGGACACAUCAGAGAGUUGAUUCGAACGGCGAUUUUGCUCCAAGGUCGCGGGAUGAGCGACGAUAUGAGAGGGAGGAGGGAUCAUCCAGCCCGACGAAGAGUCAGCCGAGGAGAACAGAUGAUGAUAGGCCAAGAAGCACACUCUCGGCCGGCCAGCUAGCACAACUGGACAAGCUUAACCAGAAGCUGGGAUGGGAUGAACCAAACGAAGUAACCCCGCCGAGACGCCCGGAACCGCCACGCAUUCGACGGCGUGAUGACGAAGCCGAUCGAGAGCUGGAAGACCGAGAACGAAGACGGCAGGAGCAUAAAGAGCGCAAGCGGCGGCGAAGAGGAGAAGAGGAGGAACGAGCUACGGCGGCUGAUGCUGGGGUCGACGAGACGGAAAGCUUGGUGUACGAUCGGAGGAAGGUGCGAAGGGAAGAGAAGGGGAGGAUCGUCAGUGGACAGAGACUUGAGCGGGGUUCGCAAGCAUACUAUGAUGAGAAGGAGGGUGUGAGGGAUGGCGUACGGCUAAGGGGUGGUGCUGGCAGUAGUAGCGAUUAUGAAUACGAAGAAGCACAGAGGAAAAAGAAGCGGCGAAAGCGGAUCAUCAUUGCUGUGGCGGUUGUAGUACUGAUACUGGCUAUCGCCAUUCCGGUCGGUGUGGUGGUGUCGCAGAACAAGGGUCCGGGAAGCAGUAGUAGCGGCAGCAACAGCACGACAUCUUCACAACCAGCGAACAGCAACCUCAAGGGUAUGUCCGAGAACGACAUUCCCAAACAAUACCAAGGCACCUAUCUCGACCCCUUCACGUGGUACGACACGUCCGACUUCAAUGUGACCUUCACGGACGUCAUGGUCGGUGGACUGAGUGUGAUGGGACUGAACGAUACCUGGGACGACAGCAAGAAAGCUAAUCCGAGUGUACCGGCGCUCAACGAAAAAUGGACGUACGGCACUCAGCAAGUCCAUGGCGUGAAUGUGGGCGGUUGGCUGAGCAUCGAGCCCUACAUGACCCCUUCGCUGUUCUCGGGCUACAAUAGCAAAGCCAAUGUAAUCGAUGAGUACACCCUUACCCAAACUCUUGGAGCGAGCAAGGCGAAAAGUAUACUUGAGCAGCACUACGCCACUUUCAUCACGGAACAGGACUUUGCUGCCAUCCAAGCCGCGGGAUUCGAUCACGUCCGCAUCCCUUUCUCCUACUGGGCCGUUACCACAUACGAUGGCGAUCCCUACGUCGCGAAUGUGUCAUGGAGAUAUCUCCUCCGCGGUAUCGAAUGGGCGAGAAAGUACGGACUACGCAUUAAUCUCGACCUCCACGGUGCUCCAGGUAGCCAAAACGGAUGGAAUCACUCUGGUCGUCAGGGCGCCAUCGGGUGGUUGAAUGGCACAGAUGGUACGACCAACGGCGACCGCACGAUCGCGAUCCAUGAUCAACUCUCGCAAUUCUUCACCCAGCCGCGCUACAAGAAUAUCAUUGCCAUGUAUGGCCUUGUCAACGAGCCUCGCAUGGUGGAGCUGGAUACCUCGACAGUGCUGACAUGGACGACUAAUGCUGUCAACACGAUCCGCAAGAACAAGUACAACGGCACCAUCGUCUUCGGCGACGGCUUUAUGGGAUUGGAUAAUUGGCAAGGGAAGCUUCAAGACCUCCCUAAUCUGCUGCUCGACGUCCAUCAGUAUGUCAUCUUCAACGUCCAGCAAAUCACCCUCAAUCACCACGAUAAGAUCCAGUUCGCUUGUGAUGGCUGGACUCAACAAGCUCUUCGCUCCAUGAACACGGCCACAGGCUUCGGCCCUACAUUGUGCGGCGAAUGGAGUCAAGCUGAUACCGACUGCGCCCAAUACCUCAACAACGUCGGUGUCGGUUCACGGUGGGAGGGUACCUUGAACAUGAUCGACACACCCGGCGGUGGGCAGAACGGCUCCGUGCUUUCGCCCACCUGUCCCACUCACAACAAUCCGCAGUGUAGCUGUCAAGAUGCCAACGCCGCCCCGUCGUCUUACUCAGCGGAGUAUAAGACUUGGUUAUUGAUGUUCGCGGAGGCGCAGAUGCAUUCUUUUGAACAAGGAUGGGGCUGGUUCUAUUGGACUUGGAAGACGGAGGCGGCGACACAGUGGAGUUAUAGUAACGGGAUCAAGGCUGGGAUCGUGCCGGGGAAUGUGAGGAAUAGGACGUUCGAUUGUAGUCAGAGCAUACCGGAUUUUGGCGGGUUGGGGUUGCCGGAGUUUUAUUGA